GGUUUGGGAAAGCUGAGCCGCACGUAUCCUUUCUUCCGAGAAAAUGUUACUGUGUUGAAUGAGUGUCUGUACGCUUUCGUAAAAAAAGUUACUCUAGUGUCAACUACCUUGUGCGUCUCCAGUCGAUGCCGUUUUAAAGAACAUAGCGAGAUAUCUGGAUCAAAAUGGGAGAGGAAAAUCACACAGAGAAAACUAAUGGGGAGAUUGUCCCGGAAAGCAACGUGAAAUACUACACGCUUGAAGAAAUAAAACAGCACAACACGAGCAAAGAUACUUGGCUCAUCAUCCACGAUAAAGUGUAUGAUAUCACAAGUUUCCUGGAGGAGCACCCUGGAGGUGAGGAGGUGUUGCUGGAGCAGGCUGGAGCGGAUGCCACAGAGAGUUUCGAAGAUGUGGGCCACUCCACAGACGCCAGGGAGAUGCUCCAGCAGUACUUCGUUGGGGAGCUGCACAUGGAUGACCGCAGGAAGGAAAGUCCAAAGGAAAUCUUCAUCACAACCUCAAAAGAGUCCAGCUCCUGGACCACAUGGUUGAUACCUGCUCUGGCAGCUGCAGUUGUUGGCCUGAUGUACCGGUACUACAUGCUGGAGAACAAGUCUUCCUGAGACCUGGCCUCUGCAACAGCUUUCACUUCAUCUGUCAGUCUCCAGAGGCCUUAUUUUCUGACUGAAGCCCCAUCUCAC